UCAACUUGGUAUCGAAACUAAUAAUCUCAAUUCUCAAACAUUUAUCCUUUUUCCAAAAAUCAUAUAUUGCGUGUCUAUAAGUGUGUUAAUUAGUAUUACGGGAGGGGGGAUCGAGUAAAAUGGGUCGGAUGAUAUCAGCGAUGUGGCUGCUAGUUUCUGCAUGUGCUGUUAUGCUAUUCUGGUUUGCUACCGGAGACGAUCAAGUUGACGCUAUAGUUACACUAUUGGGCGGUUUGACUAAUACUAUCGAUCAGAAAAAGGUCAUGGAUAAAUUCGAUCAAAGCCUUAUCAAUCCCUGUACUUGGAACGGCCUGGUGGAAUGCAAUAAUGCAAAUUCCGUUACUGGAAUUACUCUGGGUAGGCAACCACUUUCGGGACAACUUUCAGAGCUUAAUGAUCCAGAUCAUGUGAAUGCCCUUUCAGCGUUGACGUAUUUGUCUAUUUACGAGUGUGGUAUCAGUGGUUCCAUCCCCAAACGUUUGGCAACUUCACACAUUUGACACAAGUGGACCUCCAUGGCAACAAAUUAAGUGGACAAAUCCCUGAAAACUUGGGCAGUCUCCCAUCACUAAAUAUCCUGAUGCUACAAGACAAUCUCUUGAGUGGUAAAGUUCCUCAUAAUCUCAUUUCAAAAUCCGGAAAUAUGGUGCUUAACGUCUCAAACAAUCCCCAAUUGGACGUCUCAGGAUUGUCUCCACCUCCUACCAUAUUGUCUCCACCGAGUACCAUAUCCGUUUCAACUAUCACAACUCCUAUCAGCAUUGCAUGGAUAAUUAUGACCACAAUCACUUGUGCGCUUGGACUUUUAUGGUAGCCAGCCUACUGUUGCUGAAGAAUUUACAUUGGACCUUCAGUGGGAGAGCUUACCUGAAUGUCAAGACACACUUCAAGAUUUAUCUAAAUAACGAAGCAUUUGACUUUUUUAUCACUUUACAUAUUACUCCUGUUAAUUACAUAUUGUUCGAUUUCACAAACUCAUACAUACUCCGUACAAAAUUAUUAUAGACCACGCCUCCACAUAUAUAAUACGAUGCAUGCAUGGUGCAAAGUGCAAACAUUAAUUAGCUACGGAUCUAUCAUUAUUAUUGGCAUCAUGUUUAUUUAUUAGGCGCUAUAUUGCGGGUA